AUGCUCUUGCAAAAACGCCGUCAAGGUGCUAGUGGUACAGACGGGGAACGCCUGACUGCAAACGGAACGAAAAAACCAAGGGCAUCCUAUGCUCGAGAUCAAUACACAAAGGCUUCUCGAGCUCCAGUAGCUCACGACCCACCGCCAUCCGCUCGCCUUCGGUCUUAUCAGCCGAACAAUGUAGCCGAAUUGGAAUCCAAUAUGGUUCAAACUAGUCCACAUGUUCUCGAUUCUGACUACGGCUAUGAUGCCGUUUAUCCGAGCCCGGAUGCCACUACUGUUCCUGUUGCGAGCGCAGCAGCGGCUGUUGUCGCAGGAACCGGUGGAAUUGGCCGGGGUCCCGUGGAGCGCGCGCUGUCUCAAACAGACGAUCCGCAGUUGCAAUAUGCGGAAUUGGCGUUCGACCAAGCUCGACCGCGUUUGACUGGCAAUCGAACCUGUUCUUCGUUACGUGGUGGUGUUCCAUCCGCCUCCAUGACUCUGUUUAAUUCGGGGCCGCGUCACAGUCAACCAAACCGUCCGUUUGGCGCCUCGGUGCCUCAGGGUUUGGAUAUUGGUGGAAGUGGAGUUGGUGGCGGUGGCGGUGAUGGUCUCACACAAUCUCCGCCGUUACAUGAAAGUCCUAAUAACGAAACAUCCCACUACACAGAGAUUGUGGGAUUCAUGCAGCCAAGAGCAUAUUCAUCCCAGCUGGUUCUUCAGCAGCAACAAGAAGCAACCCAAGCCUUGUUGGCUAUGCAACAAAACAAACCACGAGAAUUUGUUUAA